ACAUUUCUUUUAAAUGGUUUCUCCUGUAGGCCUCGCCUAUUAAAAAAUAAUAUAUGAACCAAGCAAUUUAGCAUAUCAUUAUGUGAUGUCUUUUGCAGACACGAUGUCUCUUACAGAUAUAAUAUUUUUCGCACAUCUAUACAUAUAUAUCUAUACACAUAUAUCUAAUAUUUUUAAACCCGUCGAAUCUUCAGAGGAAUCCCGACGUCGGCGACAAAUUCGCGUCGCGGGCGGGACAAAAGGGUAUCUGCUCGCAGAAGUGGCCCUCGGAAGACCUGCCUUUUACGGAGUCUGGCUUAAUCCCCGACAUCAUAUUUAAUCCUCACGGUUUCCCAAGUCGUAUGACAAUAGCUAUGAUGAUCGAGGUGAUGGCCGGCAAGUCGGCCGCUGUGCACGGGCUGGUUCAUGACGCCACGCCCUUCAGGUUCGACGAGGAAAACACGGCGAUAGAUUAUUUCGGGAAAUUGUUGGAGCACGCUGGCUACAAUUACUACGGGACCGAAAGAAUGUAUUCCGGCGUGGACGGACGCGAAAUGAAUGCCGACAUCUUCUUCGGAAUUGUGCAUUAUCAGAGAUUGCGGCACAUGGUUUCCGAUAAGUGGCAGGUGAGGAGCACUGGUCCGGUCGACCUACUGACGAGACAACCCAUCAAAGGUCGCCGACGUGGUGGUGGUGUCCGAUUCGGUGAGAUGGAGCGAGAUGCUCUGCUCUCUCACGGCUGCUCGUAUCUUCUUCAAGACCGUCUCUUCCAUUGCUCUGACAAAAUAAGCACUUCGAUUUGCCAGUCGUGCGGUACGCUGCUCGGGCCAGUCACGGAAAUAGCGUCUUUGAGCUAUGAGAAGAGCACCAAGUGCCGUCUUUGCGGCAACGAGGAGUCCAUAAAGAGUAUCGAAGUACCGUAUAUCUUCAAGUACCUCGUGACUCAGCUCGCGUCUUGCAAUAUAAAUAUCAAACUGGCAUUUAACAAGGUGUAAUCGCGCGAAAUCUGCCUGUACGUAUGUAUCUGUGUAUGCAUGUGCGCAUUUGUAUAGAACGUGUGCCGUCUUCCUCAACAGAAUAACAUUUUAUUUUCAUUAUA